AUGGUGCUUGGGGCUAACCCUCCAUUGCCGGUUUUUGAAGGUUUCUUCAAGAGAGUUUGGGGUCACCUGGGGAUUGCUCAAAUUGCUAGAAUGACUAUGGGUCUGGUAAUGGUAAAAUUUAACGAUGAGGCUACUCGCAGCCAUGUUUUGGAAAAUGGCUGUCUUCAUUUUUACAGAAAGCCAGUGAUUGUUCGACCUUGGACAACAGAUUUAAAUGCGAUUUGUUUGAUCCGCUCAGUGCCUUUAUGGAUUAGAUUGCAUGACCUUGGUCUUCAAUAUUGGGGCAGCAAUUGCCUUAGUGCUUUAGUGAGUACAAUAGGCAAGCCGAUUAUGGUUGAUAAGUUUACUCAAGAGAGAACUAGAGUUCAAUUUGCUAGAGUUUUGGUGGAGAUGGAACUUUCAGAUAAUCCUCCUAGGAUUAUUCAUUACAUGAAUGAGUUUGGUCAACUUGUGGAACAAGGGGUAGAUUACGAGUGGCUACCGGUCAAAUGUAAAAAUUGUGGAAGUUAUGGACAUGUUAUUACUGAUUGCCGCAAGGAUCAGAAGACCCAAUUGGAUCAGAAAGUUACUGAGUCUAGAAUUCCUCAGGAUCAGGGAAGGGAGAAGAACAAUCAGUUGCUUACUUCAUCAACAGAAAAGGCCACAGAGCGGUCAAAGAGCUGGAAUAUUAGGGGAUUGAACAGUCCGAAAAAACAAGAUGUUGUGUUAGACACUUGUAGUAAGAAUAAAAUAAGAAUUGGAGCUAUUUUAGAGAAUAAAAUGAAGGUUAGUAGAGUGCAGGAAGUAAUGGAUAAUAAAUUUAGGAACUGGGAUUAUUAUACUAGUCCAGUGAUAGAGGGAAGGAUUUUGCUCAUAUGGAGGAAAGUCUUUGUCAAAGUGAGUGUGUUAGAGGAGAAUGCUCAGUUUGUUCACUGCCUUGUUAAAAUGACAGGUCACAAAAGCUCCUUUAAUAUAACAUUUGUCUAUGGCAGAAAUACUUUGGAAGAGAGGAAGGCUUUAUGGAAUGGUUUAGCUCAAAUUGUUUGUCCAACUUGCCCUUGGAUGGUUUUAGGGGAUUUUAACGCAAUAUUUACAGCUAGAGGAAGAAAUGGAGGAAAAUCAGUGUCUUCUAUAGAGAUUGUAGAUCCUUCUUAG